UGGUUGAUCGAACUUGAAAUUCACUCAUUGAAAUUGAAUUGGAUUCGAUUGGACGGUACCAAGGAAAUAUAGCGCAGUGCUAAACCCCAUUUCAUUUCUUAUUGAAUUAACCGAGGCCGACAGAAUGUGCUUGGUUCUUGCGUCAUUGCGUGUGUCAACGUUGGGCGGCUUCUCUCAGAUUUUGUGUCCAAUGAAAGGCCGAACAAUAUGGUUUUUAAAGAUGAAAUGCCAGUCAAAUUUGGCUAGCCAGCCACAUGAUUGACUCGGUAAAAAUCAAGUAGUCAGCCCCCACAACAAUUUGGUUUGGACUCUACUUCCCGAGUGUAAAAAGUAUUUGGAGGGGAACCCAUUUCAGUGUUCUAAGGAUCCUGGCACGAGCAUCUUGAACGGGCUUGGCAGGGGUUUGUUGAGAAUAAUGGAGGAGAAGAAGCAGAACCAAAUCCCAAGAGUGAAACUGGGCAGUCAGGGAUUGGAGGUUUCUAAAUUGGGAUUUGGAUGCGCGGGACUAUCCGGAGCAUACAACGCUCCUCUUUCUCAUGAAGCUGGAUGUUCAGUUAUUAAGGAAGCAUUCGACAGGGGCGUUACUUUCUUUGAUACUUCAGAUUUCUAUGGGCAUAAUCAUGAUAAUGAAAUCAUGGUUGGCAAGGCUUUGAAACAGCUUCCUCGAGAAAAAAUUCAACUGGCUACAAAAUUUGGCGUCUUCAGGUUACAAGGGGAUCAACAUGGUCAAUUUGUCGUAAGGGGAACCCCUGAAUAUGUACGGGAAUGCUGUGAAGCCAGUCUUAAGCGGCUUGAUGUCGACUGCAUUGAUCUUUACUAUUCACAUCGCAUUGACGUUAAUGUGCCAAUUGAGGAUACUAUGGGGGAGCUUAAGAAGCUGGUUGAUGAAGGAAAGAUAAAAUAUGUUGGGUUAUCAGAAGCUAGCGUGGACACAAUAAGGAGAGCCCAUGUGGUUCAUCCCAUCACUGCCAUACAAAUGGAGUAUUCCCUUUGGAGCCGUGAUAUCGAAGAUGAGAUUAUUCCACUUUGCCGGGAGCUUGGUAUUGGAAUAGUUGCUUACAGCCCUCUUGGUCGUGGGUUCUUUGGUGGGAAGGCUGUUCUUGAGAGCUUGCCCACUGAGAGUAUUUUGCCUACGUUUCCGAGGUUCAAUGAGAAGAAUUUAGACAAGAACAAAAGUCUAUAUAACAAGCUUGCCAACCUGGCUGAUCAAAAGCAUGCCUGCACUACUCCUCAACUAGCUUUGGCAUGGCUUCUCCAUCAGGGUGACAAUAUUGUCCCCAUCCCUGGUACAACUAAAGUUAGGAACCUUGAUAACAACAUUGGUUCCUUGGCUGUAAAGCUCUGUGAAGAUGAUCUUAAAGAAAUUUGUGAUGCCGUGAACAUUGAUGAAGUUGUUGGCGAACGAGAAAAUGCCACUCGUUCUCAGCUUACUUGGAAGUUUGCAAAUACCCCCAUCAAGGAAUAAUGCAGAAAUAGAUACAUAAAGCCUAUCUUGAUGAGUGAAAAGGAACCAUAUAUGGAUGGAGCCAACUGUAAUUCACUUAAGAUUUAUUGUUAGUUUAAUUAGUUGAUCAGUUGUUUGUUCAUGAAUAAUGCCACCAUGAUAGAUAUGGCAAAGGUAAUAAGUUCCGAAUUUCUGAUUAAUCAGUUUUAUCCUCAUAUUACAGGCAUCUUGUUGGGAACAAUAUCUUUUCUGUUACAGAAUAAAAUUUGGUGUAUUGAUUCA